AUGUAUUAUGCAAUGACAUGGCACCGCGUCUGCUCCUUCGAGCCGCGGCUCCAGAUCGCCUCGCACCUCUGCAAGAUGCGCAUUCGACAGGAACUCGACCUCCCCAUGCCCUGCCUCACCGACGCGCACAACAACCAGCGCCUCGCGUACUGCUGCAACCCGCCUCACGCGGCCCUCGAACCUCGCCACGCUUUCAACCACCUAAUCUGCGUCCACACCAGCAACGCAGGAGGCAACCAGACCAGGACACACGACAAGGUAAAAUUCGCCGUUCAAGCGGUCUGCAAGCUGGGCGGCCUGAUUACGUUCACCGAGCCCAUCGGCGAGAUACCAGGUACCACGAACCGGAACGGCAACACCAACAACCUGCGACCAGACAUCCGAGUCGACGGCCUUCGAGACACCGGCAUCACAAUCCUCGCAGACGUCUCCAUCACCCACAUCAUGGACUCGGCAGCCAACCACACGAGCCAACCACGACCCCGCCAAGGCAACUCGGCCCCCAACUGCGAUCCCAUCAUGAAACGCGAGACUGAUAAGAACAACAAGUACAAGGCGGCGGCCUCGGCGGUGCACAAGGAAUUCAUCCCGCUCGUGAUGGACACGUACGGACGGAUGGGCAAACCGUUCCUCAACUUCCUCAAAGACGUCGCCGCACACACCGCCUACCGAGCCUCGGGCAACGUCAACGAGCGAACGCAAGCCAUCUACGACUCCAUCGACCCGCCGAACGAGCUCCGAAACCGAAUCCACCUUCGCAACCUCGCCCUCGUACACGUCGCACUUAUCAUCUCGCUCAUGCAAAGGGUCGCCGGAUCGACCGUCACCAACGACCGCCAGCACGGCGCUCGUGGCGGAAUGUACGGAGCACACGAACACUACGUGCAGCCGUACCCGGUCACUAACUUCUAA